AUAUUAAAGCUCACAUACAUAAGUAAUCCAGAAAUAGUACGGUAUAACAGAAUUUGCAACAAAGCUUAACAAUGAUUGGACAAACGAAAAAUGCCAAUGAAUAUCGGCCUUUCCCCCUCCGCACACAACGCGAAGAAGAAACAACAAAAAUGGACACCAAACAUUUCUCGAUUCUCCUUGCUUCCACACUCUCACACGCGCACACUCUCUCUCUCCUCCGCACCUUCUCAAGAGAAAUUUAAUUUACAAAGCUCAUAUAUAUAUAUAUCCUUGAGGAUCAAGGAAUCUGAUGUUGUAAGGGGUGCUGAAUGUGAAUUGUUUUACACUCGCACCCCUUCCAACAUCCGACCCGUUUGCCCAUCCGGGUGGAUCCGAAUACAGGCGGUGUCGGGUGCCGGUGGAUGGGCAUAGCGGGUCAUGGGUUGCAUUAGCUCAAAGAGUGCAAGCUCCGAGUCUCCCGAAUACCAACGCCGUUCAUCAUCAUCAGCCUCGUCUCGGCGGCGGAGGAGCAAUGGCCGGCGGCGCUCGUCGUCUCUGCUGCACAGCACCAUGUCGUACGGGCCGCUGGAGGGAAUAAAGGAGGAGCCGGAGAAGGAGGAAGGGCUGGAGGAGGAAGAGGAUGAGGUGCACCUCCAAGUGAGGAAGGACGGGAGUUCAAAGGGAGCUUCUUCUUCGUCGUCUCAUAAGAAGGCGGCUCUUUUCGGCUUCAGGUUUGGGAGGUUGACGGAAGGAGAGCAGGUGGCGGCGGGGUGGCCGUCGUGGCUCUCCGCCGCUGCGGGGGAAGCCAUUCAAGGAUGGCUGCCUUUGAGAUCAGACUCUUUCAAAAGAUUAGAAAAGAUUGGACAAGGCACAUACAGCGAGGUGUAUCGGGCGCGCAAUGUGGAAAGCGGAAGAAUCGUUGCAGUGAAGAAGGUGCGAUUCGACAGUUUCCAAGCGGACAGCGUGAGAUUCAUGGCUCGUGAGAUUCGGAUCCUGCGCAGGCUGGACCAUCCCAACGUGAUGAAGCUCGAGGGAAUCAUCGCCUCUAAAUUAUCUACUCACGUAUACCUUGUCUUCGACUACAUGGAGCAUGACCUUGCUGGCCUCGUAUCCUGCCCCGACAUCAAAUUCACCGACUCGCAGAUCAAAUGCUACAUGAAGCAGCUGUUGAGCGGAUUGGAGCACUGCCACUCGCGGGGAAUACUGCAUCGCGACAUCAAGACCUCCAACAUCCUAGUCAACAAUCAAGGCGUUUUGAAAAUCGCGGAUUUUGGUCUUGCAAACUUCGCCAAACCUAAGAAGCAGCAGCCCCUGACGAGCCGCGUGGUGACGCUCUGGUACCGCCCCCCGGAGCUCCUCCUGGGCGCCACCAGCUACGGGGAGGCCGUCGAUCUCUGGAGCGUUGGCUGCGUUUUCGCUGAGCUUUUCGUCGGAAGGCCUCUCCUUAAGGGCAGAACCGAGGUGGAGCAAUUGCACAAAAUCUUCAAACUUUGUGGCACUCCGCCAGAUGAGUAUUGGAGGAGUUCCAAACUUCCUCUAGCUCAAAUGUUUAGACCGCAGCAAUCCUAUGAGUCAACGCUUCAUGAGAGAUGUAGAGACUUUCCAAAAGGUGCGGUUGGGCUUAUAGACACGUUUCUUUCGUUUGAACCGCACAAACGUGGCACUGCUUCUUCUGCGCUCGCCUCAAAGUACUUCUAUACGAAGCCAUAUGCAUGCGAUCCAUCAAGCUUGCCUAAGUACCCGCCUAACAAAGAGAUGGAUGCCAAAUAUCGCGAAGAUGCAAAAAGGAGGAAAGCUGGUGCUACUUCUAGACUACCAAUGAAAAUCCGUGACCUAGAAGGAUCAAGCGAGGAGAGUGAGGGUAGGAGGCAUGGAAUGAGUGGAAGGCGAAGAAGUGGGCGGACGUCAUUGCAAUACGACACAAUGUCGGAGGCAUCGCGAAUGACACAGGAAUCACAAACAUCUCACAUAUCCACCACUAAAUCGGUGCCCAUCCAACCAUCCACCACUGAUUUCGUGUGGUCUAAAAGAGGAACGUCCAGCCGCCAAAUAUACCCCAAUCGUUUCGAAUCGUUAGAUCAGUCUGCGUCGUCUCAGGAUUACGAGCCUCAAGGAUUUUCCGCGGAUAGUAGCAAUACGAGGAAGAAGAGCAAGGUGACAUUCUCAGGGCCGAUUGUGUAUAUGUCGGAACAACACGAAAAUCUUGGCGGAUCACAUUUCUCUAAAGAUGUGUGAUGACAAGAUUCUAAGUGACGAAACGCUCAUCACAAAGCUUUGUGCCUCGGUUUUGGUUGACCCUCCCAAUAUGGCGAUAUUUAAUUAAUUUCUAACUCUAGAUUUUUGGCGUAGAGUAUAUGCAUCUAAAUAUACAUAUACAGAGGAACAGAGGAGGCGUACGGAGAGGCACAAAGCAACCAUCUUUAGUUUCCCAUUGCCAUUGUAAGAGAGAAACAUCCCAAUAGCCAAAGCCGAAUCCAAUUAUUUUUUCUCCCCCUUUUGCCUUGUGAAUCCACUUUUUUUUUGUUUCUUCUUUUUUCUUUUGUUUUUCUCUUUUCCUCAUAGUGUAUAUUUUGGAUUGUGUUUGUUAAUAUCUUAAUUUUUUUCAUGUUCAA